GAAGUCGCGACACCCCCAGUGGCGGUCGGUGCUCUCAGCUUCGGGCCGAGGGAUCGGCGCCACCUCGAAGAACGUUGCUGCGUCGUGGACGCCCGAUCGACCGGGAUCGAGCAGACGUCUCGAAGACAUCGAAGAGACAUUCUCGUCUUCCUGGUUCCGCGUGGACGCCUUUUGCGCGACCAUAUAUCGUCGCGUGCCGAUUCUUCCUCCUGGAACCACCGCGCCGCAUGUCGUAAGUCGAGGUGGCUUCACUGGCGCGGUAACAAGACUACGCAACAUCCCGGCGAUAGGAUUCAGGAUCGCGCGUUGUUAAUAUGGGCAUCAGCUUCAUUUCGUUGGUCGUGGUGACUAUGGUACCGAUAAUCACCGGUAGUUUCGGAUGUGCUGUGGGGAAGAGGAGCACCACGGGCGACAGCAUCGCUAUCGAGAACAUCGACUAUCCCGAUUACUCGUCGCCUAAACACAGCAAUCCGGUAAUGCCAAAAAGAGCGGCUCUAUUACUCGAUCAAUUUCUGCUAGCUCUACAAAAGGCCGUUGAUCACGGAAAAAGUUCAACUGGAAGUACAUCUUAUAAGCAAGUUGUAAGCAAGUCACCAACGCAUCGUUUCCUAGCUGCCAACUCGGAAAUCUUUCCUAUAGUGGAUGAUCAAAUGAUGGACCUGAAACGACGCGGACACAAGAAUGAUCCUUGGCUUUGUUACUUCAAUGCUCUCGCGUGUUACAAAAAGAAGUGAUAAUGAUUAGGCAGCCGUCAAGUUUUCCUCAACUCCUAAAGACCGAAAGAAAGCACGCGAAAUUUCGUAUUAUUUCCUCGACUUAGCUGCAGCAGCACGAAGAGAUUGUAGCGGUGUUUUCUUCUAGAGUAAAAAAGAACAAGUAAAGAUCAAGAAUGUACAGUAGCACAAAUUCGCACGUUUGCUAUAACUUGGAACGACGAGACGAGUCUCCUUCGAUCUCUUCAUUUUUUUUUUUUUUUUGGCGCGCCAAAGCUCUACCUUUAAGCUCUUGUCCUCUAUAUCGCCGUCCCCUUUAUUCGCGAAUCAUAUGUGAUAAGAGCGCAUCAAGAAAAAAUAAUCUACACUUACUUUCUCUCUUGCUUAUAAAGUAACUGACUGAACAUCUGUUAUCAAUUAAAUAACUCUCUUCAAGCAUAUCAAACCAAAA